CUGCGAGAGCCUCUCUGUACGUGUGCGCGUGUGUGUCUGUCUAGCUGUUUAGUAACCCCUGCUGCUAGCUCAGUCAGGCAGUGUCGACUGUGUCCUUCUCUCUGUUGGCUUCUCUUCACUCUCCUUUUUUGCCUGCCCAGCAUAGCAGCCGAGCUUCAGGAGUGCUCACUCAAAAUUGGGGAUCAUCGAAGAAGCCAAAGCAGCAGCUAGGCCUCUAUUCUUCUUCUUCUUCUUCUUCCCCUGCAGCUCAGCUGGGGGCCUUCCAUAGGAGACACACACAAGAGAGAGAGAGACAAGACAGCAAGUACCAGUAGAUUCCUUAAGAAGAAGAAGAAGAACAACAGGAAAAAGAAGACAGCUAGCUAUAGCUUGCUUGUCCUCCGAUCAUGAACUGGAGCGUUGAUUAUUGAGCCAAGAGUUAAUUAGUACGCACGCAUGGAUAUGACGAUGGAUCCUUCCGUGUGCCGCCUCCACCCCGGCGUCGCCGUCACCGGCUUCUGCCCCGCCUGCCUCCGCGACCGCCUCGCCGGCCUCCAACCGCCCUCCUCCGCCGACCUCCGCCGUUGCAAGUCCUUCUCCUACGCGCGCUCUGCCGCCGCCAUGGAGCCGCAGCGCCGCUCCUGCGACCUCUUCCGCCACCAGCAGCCCAUCCCCACUGUGGCGGCGGUGCCGGAGGAGCUGGAUUAUUAUCAGUAUCAGGACGAGGCGGCCGCGCGGCCCCACGAACAAGACGCCGCCUCCUCCUCCUCGAGAAAGUCCUUCGUGGGGGGCCUCCUGGGCAGGAAGCUGCAGCAAUGGCGCCGCAAGAGCAAGAAGGAGCCGGAGAUGCCCGGCGGGCAGCGCCACCGCCCCUCCUGCGACGCAGACCCCCGGUCGGGGCCGGUGCCGGUGCCGGUGCCAGCGCUGAUGGCUCGCCUGCCCGCCACGUUGCUGUCCCUGUCCGUGGAAGAGGACGACGACACGGCGCCCCCGCCGGUCCCGCGCUCCGACGGGCAAAUCCCCGUGGAGGAAGACUACUACUACUACGGCGACGGCGACGGCUACGGCAAUGCAGGGGCGGCGGCGGCGCCCGGCGGCACCGCGCAGACGAGGGACUACUACCUGGACUCCUCCAGCUCCAGCAGGAGGCGGCGAAGCGUGGACCGCUCCGCCAACUCUGGGCGCAACUCAUUCUCCGACGCCGUCGCCUACAACGGCGGCGAGCCGCCCACCAGCAGGGCGACGGCGGCGACGAAUCCCAACGGCAAUGCCAGGGUGUCGCCGGCCAUCGCCGCAGAGCGGCUGUACCACCACCACCACUAUCAUCACGAGGCGCAGAGCGUGCUCGUCCACCACCAGUACUGCAGGGACGACGACUUCUCCGGGAGCUUCGGCUCGGCUCGGCAUCCUCGUCAGAAUCCGGCGAGCAAGCAGCCGCCUCCGCCUAACAAGAAGGGGAUCAGAGGGUGGAGCAUCUGGGGCCUCCUCGUACACAAGAAGAGCAGCAGAAAGCAGCAGCAGCGGCAGUCUGAGGGGCCAUUCUUCUCAUCAGAAGCAGCAGCAGGAGGAGGAGGAGGAGGAGAGUACCCGUGGCCCGAGCUCCGCGCCAGGGGGUACAACGGGCAGAUGCUCCGGUGCAACAGCAGCAUGAGCGCCAGAAGCUCCUUCAGCGGCGGUGCGGCGGCGAUGAUCGGCGGCAGCGGGAGGAGGAGCAUCUCCGGUGUGGACAUGCGUGAUGCCGUCAGAGAUGGCGAGAGGAGGACGAGGAGGGACGAGGUCCUGCUGGAGAGGACGAGGUCCUCUUCUUCUUCUUACUCAAGAUCCGGGCAUGGCCUUGAUCCCAACAUUCCCAGGCGUUCCUCUUCCAAACAUGAGUUGAGUUCGGUGCACAGGAGGAGCACGCUUGGACUGAUCUAGCCUCUCAACACUCUGCAGGGCUGCUGCUGCUUCCCAUAGCCUAGCCACACACAGGGUGUGUUUAGAUGCGUAACAUCCCAAAAUUUACCUAAAUUAAAUCAAGUGCUAAAAUAUUUUUUU